AUGUCGUUCACCGGGUCAGCGACCGCGAGUAAUACUUCUGCAUUUGGACAUGUGAAUCUCAUGCACGAUACGCUCAUUGCGAAUCUCCAGCUCUCCGACAUGCAGGCAAUCACCCGAGCCCUCCUGUGCUCUAGUCCACCAGAGGUUACAGCAGCAUUCGUCACAGCGGUAUGGACGCGGCUGAAGAAGACGGCGACGGCAUGCGAGGUUCCAAAGCCGGUCACCCUGUUCGUCGCAGCAGAGUGUAUCGAUAGCGCUUGGAAGCCUAGCGGGGAGCUCGGAGAAGUACUCCGCAGGAGCCGCGUAUUGUACGGCGCUGGCAUGGGUCUUGCAAGUUUGAAGAUCCUCACUGCGGUCGUGAUUGGGGCGGCUCGUCCAGGAUGGGUGCCAGACGACGAGAUGGAAGACUAUCUCGCCGUUAUCGACGCGGACAUUUGUCAGGCAAUCGUCAGCUCGAAGCAGGAGAUAGACGCAGGAGUCACAAACAGUCAGGAGGUGGCCGACGUACGGCAGGGAAUGCUUGACGCUCUGGAGGAUUGCAGGGCUGCGAUGCAAGAGGCGUUCCCGUUUGAACGGGGGUACAUGGACGCUAAGGGAUGGAGGAUGGCCCGUCGUCUUGGAUAG